AUGAUGGCACUCGCCCUGCAGCAUCGUGUCGCUGCGUUGCGAGACCUUGGCUGCAUGCUACUCCGAGAGAGCUCUGGAGGCUUGGACGAGUGCGAAGAAGAGGCUGUUCUGGCUGUUGUUCUGUUGCUUGUGCUUCACGAUGUCUGUGAGCACGGUGUCUCAUCACAUGGCGCCCACCUCGACGGUGUGGCGUUUCUGUGUGAGAGAAAGGUCAAGAACGUCGACAUGUCGCAUCCAUCAAAGGCUAGCAUAUUGUUCUUUAUCGCAACUCUUUCAUGGCUCGAUGUGCUUCGCGGAUUCAGUGGCGCAGAGAAGCUGGCAUACCCACAUGAGGUUCGUGCUUGUGUUUAUGACAACUGGAGCUUCGGUCUAUACAUGACAUUUGGGUGCCCUCCAAACAUCUUCUUCUGCAUCGGCACCGUUAUAGAGGCCGCCAAAGCCGAACUUGCGGGCAAACUUCCGUCGGAGGAGUUUAUCGUCGUGCUCCGCGACGCCGAGAAGUUUCUACGAAAUUGGGACCCUCAAUCGGCGGUCUUCCCUAGCAACGAGCCCGAAUGGGCACAUCUAGCAACAGCAUUUCGACACGCGUGCUUGCUUCGAAUCAUCCGAUGGCCGGAUACAUACACCAUCUCAUGCGACGAUACACGAAUCCGAAAGUCAGCAGAGGCAAUUCUCGAUGCCUGCGCCAACAUCCCCAAAACAUCCCCUUGCUAUAAGCGUAUGCUCUUUCCACUUUUCAUGGCUGGCGUCGACACUUCUUCAGAGCACCAAAAGCACUAUGUCGAUCUUUCCAUUGAAGAGAUCAAGACGUGCACCGGUUUCCCGCACUAUGGAAUGACAGCGCUGAUGAACAAAGUGUGGACGGAGAGAAAGUUGAACUCAAGAGGCCAGAACAACGUGCCUUGGAUGGACUUUACAUGUGUGGACAAGAACGAGGGCUCGCAGCAUGCGUACCUUUUCUUUUAA